AUAAAAGCCAACAGGUUUUCCUCGCCACCAUAUUUUUUUCGCUUUCGAUUCUCAGUUCUCACUCCGCUUUUCCUCUAGUUUCCUUUUUCUCUCCUCUCUCCAUAUCUCUCUAUCUUUCUCUCUCUAUAUCUGUGGGUUUUUCUGUCCGUGUUGCUGCAUGGGAGAGGACGAGUGGAUUACAGAUGCUAUGAAGGACGAUCGGCUGGUGGCGGAACUUCUGAUGCGGCUCCGCCAUACGGAAGAGCAUGCGUCGCUGCCGACGAAGAGACCAGUGGCUGUGUUUCCAAAGUGGGGGUUUAGACAACCGCGGACGCGGCAGAUUCUGCGAUGCCAUAACGUUCAGCCGAAGAAGGAAGAUGAGUCAAGGAGAGCCAGCCCCACGACGCCUCUGUCGUGGAGUGGAGCUACUACAUCUUUGAGCGGCAGCGGCGCUGUCGAUGGUUACGAAGAGUCCAGCCAUAUCGUCAAACGCACAAGCGGCGUUAGAUCUAAGGUUAUUUCUACGAGUGUAAUUGCUGCUGGGAGGAGGUCAAGAAAAAAGAAGACAUUUGCGGAACUUAAGGAGGAAGAGAGUUUGUUGCUGAAGGAAAGUAUUCAUUUGAAGAAGGCGCUAAUAACACUCAGGACCAACUUUGAGGAGCAGAGGGCCAGAAAUGAGACCUUUAAGAGAAUGAAGCUUGAUUUGCAGCUCCAAUCAGAAAAAGUUGCAAUCUCUGUUGAGUUGAAGGAUGCAGAUUGUCAAGUACCUGACCAGACAGAAGCUAAUUUGGUGGAUCACUCACAUUCGGUCUUUCCAAAACACGGCGCGUUUGAUGAACGUGAUGCUGUAGCAUGCCCAACUCCGGGUUCUGAUUCUUGCAGGAUAGAAAAGAAGGAUGCCCUUAAGACCAAUAAUUUUUUCGCGUUGCCUGAUCUGAAUCUGCCUUUGGAAGAGGACUUGAACUCCGAGUUAAUAAAUGGAAUAAGCUGAGGAAGAGAAGGUGUUUAUGGUUCUUUUCCAGUUGGGGGCUCAACUAUCAGUAACAGUUACUUCGCUCGGUAAAAUAUGAUUAUGAUACUGUUAACCAUAUUGGGCGAGCAUAAUUGUACAUACAAGAGUCGUCAUGGAGAAGGUACCGAAGGUAGUUAGCGUAGAGGAGCCUAACCAUUAGUUAUUGUCUUAUUGAUAGAUAUAAACAGAUUCUUUUUCUCACUCAGUAUCUACGUUCGUCCACAAUUCUUUUGGGGCACCAGUCAUUACUUCCCCCUUUUAAUAUCUCCUUUUGUGGGAAUAUUUUUACCGAUAAAAGUGUAAUUAAUCGUAGAGGAUGAGAUCUUGACUACCUGUUCAUGGGAAACACUUGUAAUCCAAUUUAGCAAUUUUGUUCUUCAGUUA